AUGGUAGGCAGCGGCCUCAUAUCGUCUCUGAAAAGGUUAGUCAUUCCUGAUGGCAGCAUGAGGAGGCUGGAGGAAGUCAGGCAAACGCUGGACGAGCUCUGCAAUACUUUUGUGGAGCUCAAGAAAGAGGACGACGCCGCCAGCUGCCAGCAGUCAUCAGGAGAUCACGCGGGCCCUGAGACUAGCUCGUACCUUCCACCUGAUGCCAAAGUGUUCGGCCGAGAUGAUGUCCGGGAGCUCAUCCUCACCAUGAUUCUGGACUCCUUCGUCAACGAUGGCGAGGCAUCGGCUGAGUCCAGUAGCACGGGAGCCAAGCGAGGUGCUGGAAUGCGCCAAGACGACCAUGGCACCGGUGUUCUGCCCAUAGCCGGCAUGAGCGGGGUAGGGAAGACAACGCUUGCCCAGGUCAUCUACAAUCACCCAAAUAUCGAGAAGCAUUUUCCACAAAGAGCCUGGGUCUAUGUUUCAGAGCAUUUCAGCUUCAAAAGAACGCUGCAAGAGAUCCUGCGUUCUCUACAAGGAAAUGAUUCUUCAUCUUUCUCUUUCAACAGUGAGGACAGGUUGGAAACCGUUGUAACCAAGCUUCGCGAGGCCAUCCAUCAAGAUGAGAGAUUGUUUCUGGUGCUAGACAAUGUCUGGGAUAAUAUGUGCAAGUACCGGCAAGAUCUACUGGAUGCAAUUUAUGUUCAACAAAAACGGGGAAGUGUGGUUCUUAUCACCACGCAAAGCCAAAAUGUUGCACAAAAUCUAGGAACCAUGCGCACCAUACUUCUACGUACUUUGCCAUGGGACAGUUUCUGGCCUCUCUUUCAGUAUCAUGCAUUUGGCACCGUGCAGGAUGACCAAGACAGCAACCAAAGGCUCCUCGACUUUGCUCAAGAAAUAGCAAAGAAGCUAGAUGGAUCACCACUAGCAGCAAAGGUAAUAGGAUAUCUUUUGAGAUCCAGAGUCGACGAGGACAAGUGGAGAAGGAUUGCUGAGAGUGAGUGGUGGAGAGUCGAUGAAGUUGUGAAGAACAUUCUUCCCUACCUCAGAGUCAGUUAUCAGCAGCUAUCACCAAGGCAACGGCAAUGCUUUGCUUAUUGUUCCAUAUUUCCAACAAAUUAUCUGUUUGAUAGGGAUAGGUUGGUUCAGAUGUGGAUGGCACAUGAUUUCAUUGAGGAUAUCAACGGAGAUGGCCGACGGUUGGAAGAUGUAGGGAGGGAUUGGUUCGACAAACUUGUGGCAAUGUCAUUGUUCCAGCCGACACUUGACAAGAACAAGUAUGUCAUGCAUGAUUUGGUUCGUGCUUUGGCAAUUGCUGUUUCUACUAACCAAUGCUUUGUCCACCGUAGUGAGAGUUCAGUAGCCACACCUAACAUUCGUCACCUGGCAUUGCAAGCUGACACUGUUGGAGAAAACUUUGCUGAUCUGCACAAGUACAAAAAUCUGCGCACUCUGUUAAUCUUUGCCAAUAUAGAGAGUGAUGCAUUCUUUACUUGUCUUGACAAAAUGCUUGAAAACUCAAGAUGUCUCCGUGUGUUGGACCUAUCAUAUCUGGAAGCUCAAGGGAAGGAAUGGCCCAAAGCUGGUAGUAUAAAAAAGCUGCAGUUCCUCGAUCUCUCAUAUACAAGGAUCCAAAGAUUGAGAGAUUUCCCUCGCAGGCUACAAGUUUUGCAACUUCGUGGUUAUGGUUCUGGUUCUUUACCACAAAGCAUAGUUAAGUUGUCCGAGUUACGCCAUCUGUAUGUAGAUGAUUCGGCACUCCUUUUCAUCUCUAGCAUCGGGCAACUGACGAAGAUGGAAGAAUUGGAGAUGUUCAGUGUUAGAAAGGGAAAAGGGUUCAUGAUAAAUGAACUGAGGAACUUGCAAGAGCUGAGAGGACAAAUUUGCAUCCGUGGCAUCCACAACGUGAGGAGCAAGGACGAGGCAAUGGAAGCCAGGCUGAUGGAGAAGAAGCAUCUAAAAGGAUUGGCGCUGGAAGGGACAAGGGUGCCAAAGGUUGUGCUUGAAGGACUCCAACCACACCCAGGCACCCAGGAGCUGAAAAUCAGGGGGUAUGGGGGGGCAGAGUUUCCUAGCUGGAUGAUGCAGCCCAUUCCCAUUGCAGGCUUGGCCAAUCUUUUGUGUGUGCAACUGUCAAAGUGCCUCUCGUUAGUUGAUCUUCCACCAUUUGGUAGCCUUCCUUGUCUAAAGUUUCUCAGCCUAGAAAUCUUGCCAUCCCUGAAGAGCGUCGACGGCUCAUCCUUUGGUGAAUUCCCAUCUCUGGAGGAGCUGAAAGUUUCGUAUUUGGAAGCAUGGGAGGAGUGGUCAGUUGGCGUGGCAGGUGCCGAAGAUGGUCAGCACCGGCAGCAGUUCCUUCCUCGUAUCAAAGUGCUCCAUCUUACCGAUUGCUCCUCACUCAAGGAAGUGCCGCGGCUGUCAUCCAUGUCCACGUUGUCUGAGCUAGAAAUCUCAAGAUGUGGGGAAUAUGUAAAAAGGCUACCCAGCUGCACACGAGUCUUGGCAUCUCUCAGAUCCUUGAAGAUUUCCCAAUGCGACCAUCGGGUCUCCAUAUCCGCGCAUCAGCUCAAGUCUCUUGAGAACCUGGAGCUCAUGUGCUGCAAAGGGCUACGCCUGACAGACAGAUUCCGAUGCUUCACAAACUUGAGGACUGCCAAAGUGUUGAGCUGUCCGGAACUCUUAAGCGAGAUUUGCGGAGAUCAGGAGGAAGAGCAUCUGCACGAGGAGGAGCACUGUGCACAUCUCCUUGCUCGCCUAUCAACUGACAAGAGCUUAAUAACAGGGAAUUACAUCCAGACGCUGGGAAGGCUUCCAUCACUGCGUGACUUGUUUAUCUAUGACCUGGACAACCGCCAAGCCUUCUCAGAGGGGCAGAUGGACACAUGGUUUCAGCAUCUGACAUCUCUCGAGUCACUCUAUUUUGCGCAUUGCAGAGCACUGGAGCAGAUUCCCGCCACACUAGCUGGGCUUUCCUCCAUGAGCCGGCUUAUUGUACAUGCUUGCCACAAUAUACAAUCCGUGCCGGCGGGUGUUCUGCCCCGGGGACUUGACUCCUUUAUGUUCGUAGACAUUGGUCACUUGGCAUCUCGUAUCAACUCUCAUCAAGCCGUUGAUUGGCCAAAUAUUGCUCAUGUUCCCUACAUUGACGUUGACAGUGAGGUGAUUCAGAAUCUAGGAAACAAGUGA